UGCGUUGAUUGGACAUUGAUGUUUGUCUACUUCCUGUCUUCCGGUUUCAACGUCAUCUCGAAAACUCUGAUGUGGACACCAUGAUCGGGGAUUUCUUGAUUUUCGGGACUUUACUGAUGAACGCAGGAGCAGUUCUCAAUUUUAAACUAAAGAAGAAAGAGUCCCAGGGUUUUGGAGAUGAAUCCCAUGGACCAACCACAGGGGACAAUAUCAGAGAGUUCCUGCUGAGUCUACGAUACUUUCGGAUAUUUAUUGCCUUGUGGAAUGUGUUCAUGAUGUUCUGCAUGAUUGUGCUUUUUGGAUCAUGAGAAUUCUGAGGACCUAAGAAGACGUAAAUAUUCAGCGUUGUAUAUAUUUUUCAGAUAUGGGGAAAUGUGUUUGACAAGUCCAUGUCAUUCUUUCUUUUUUUACUGAGAACAUCCUAUGUAGAUUGGAGAUUCUGGCAAAUGACUUUGCAAACCAGUGUAAUUGAUUACCGAUUCUACUGUAUGUGCAGCAUAAACACACAUAUUGUAAAGAUGUACAGCUGGACUAAGAUUAUUUAGGAAGAUGGACGUAUAUGCUACACUACAUAUCUUUGAUGCAGUUACCCACCACCAGAACAUUCUACCCUCAUAUUAUCCCUUGCCAUUUUAUUGACAUAUUUGCCAAAAUUGUCUUAUUGUGUUCAUAGAUUUUAUAAUGUGACUUAAGGUUGUAAACAUCCACGCAUGGUAGACUCAGACUGUACAUACCAAU